CUAAAUCAAACUAUAUUGGGCUCCUGCGAGGUAAAUCGCUGCCCAGCCAGCCGGACUUGUGACGCAGCGCUUGCAGCCAUCCUCUGUCUUAGACCCGAAAAAAUCGCGCGCGCACACCCACACCACCCCCCUCUGACGUGGUCAACUUGCCAACAGAGCAUCCCGAUCUAAUAAGUCCCUAUAUCACCGUCAGAAAGACCUAAAAAGAUGUCUUCGGCCUCUCCUCCCAAAGAACCGGAUGUGGAACCUGAGACUCAGUCAGGCGAUGACCCCGAAACAAUGGACCGCGACAAUCAAGACCCAAGUGGACAAGGGCAAGAGUUUGAAGUGAAGGAGCAAGACCGAUGGCUACCAAUUGCAAAUGUUGCCCGCAUCAUGAAAACUGCUCUUCCCGAGAACGCCAAAAUUGCAAAAGAAGCAAAGGAAUGUAUGCAAGAAUGUGUCAGCGAGUUCAUUUCUUUCAUCACCAGUGAAGCAUCCGAGAAAUGUCAACAAGAGAAGCGCAAGACAGUCAAUGGCGAAGAUAUCCUAUUCGCGAUGACUUCUUUGGGGUUUGAGAACUAUGCCGAAGCCUUGAAAAUUUACCUUUCCAAAUAUCGUGAAACGCAGUCUGCUCGUGGGGAGAAUCAGAACCGGCCUACGAGCAGCGGAUAUAAUGCUGGUGGACCAGUCGGUGGCUCAGCCAGCGGAGCUCCAGCUGCCCGCGGCGCAACAGCUGCUGCCCCUGCUGGAUUCGCUGGUGCUUCAGAAAAUCCGAACAACAUCCUCGCUUCGAAUCUAGAUCCUUCAGAACAAGAUAACUCCGGCUACGGUUACGGUUCCAUGGUCGGCCAGGGGCACAACGGUGCUGGAACGGAGUUUCAUUGA